AUGACGCCUCUUGGCAAUGAUUCACAGAUUCUACGGGACCUCAUCGAAGGCGACCUUGACGAAGCGGUUGAUUACGAAUGUGACACCGUCUUUGUGGAACCCGAUGGGUCCCCUUUAACCACCCUUACGGGUGAACAUGACAGUAAUAAUGCACCAAAUUUGUUUCCAGGACGUGGUGCUGCAGAUGCGCUAACAGCGUUACGGUACCCGCCUGAACUAUCGUCAGCAGCGACGGUUACUAACCCACUCGACGAGCAGCAACAGCAGACCAUCGACCAAGAGGAAGGUGCCAAGCGCCGGACGAAGAACAUGGCGAGACUUCAGGACCACCGACAGUAUAGGUUCAAACCACCUACAGUGGAAUAA